AUGUCGAUUCCCAUGACAAGACUGGGCGGCCGAGCCCUGCACUCUGGCGACAAUGACGACGUCGAGCGCGAGUACGACCGCCUGCGCGAUGCGGCGCGCGCCGAGGCGGCGAAGCGCAACUCGUGCUACGAGCGGUCCAAGCAGGCGUACAACUCUGGCGACGGCGCCGCCGCCAAGGAGCUCUCCAACCAGGGCAAGAUGCACGACCGCAAGAUGGACGAACUCAACCAGCAGGCGGCCGACUACAUCUUCCGCGAGAACAACGCCGCCGGAAAGGUCGGCGGCGACCAGAUCGACCUGCACGGGCUCUUCGUCGAGGAGGCGGAGCGCAUCCUCGAGCAGCGCAUCCGCGCCGACCAGGCCCGCGGCCAGACGCACCUGCACGCCAUCGUCGGCAAGGGCAACCACUCGACGGGCCACGUGCAAAAGAUCAAGCCCAAGGUCGAGGAGCUGUGCCGCGAGCUCGGCCUCAAGUACACCACCGAGGACAAUGCCGGGCGGAUAUACAUUAACCUGCAGGGCGGCGAGCCGGUUCCGCCGCAGCAGCAUCACGGUGGCGGCGGCGGCGGCGGCCAGCACGGCUACCCCGGUGGCCAGCAGCAGCAGCAGCAUCACGGUGGCCAGCACGGCGGGCAGCAGCAGCACCAUGGCGGGCAGAACCAGCAGCAGGACGAGAUUGCGCAGCUCGUGGAAAAGGCGCUGCCGCGGAUCCUGCGCAAGCUGGAGAAGGCGUGCUGCGUCGUCAUGUGA